AUGAGAAAGAGAAUCUACUGGAGGAACAGGUAUGAGAAAGAGAAUCUACUUGAGGAACAGGUGUGUACCAUUGAAUUGUGUGUACUAUUGAAUGAGAAAGAGAAUCUACUGGAGGAACAGGUAUGUGUACCAUUGAAUGAGAAAGAGAAUCUACUGGAGGAACAGGUAUGUGUACCAUUGAAUGAGAAAGAGAAUCUACUGGAGGAACAGGUGUGUGUACUAUUGAAUGAGAAAGAGAAUCUACUGGAGGAACAGGUAUGUGUACCAUUGAAUGAGAAAGAGAAUCUACUGGAGGAACAGGUAUGUGUACUGUUGAAUGAGAAAGAGAAUCUACUGGAGGAACAGGUACUUGUACUGUUGAAUGAGAAAGAGAAUCUACUGGAGGAACAGGUGUGUGUACUGUUGAAUGAGAAAGAGAAUCUACUGGAGGAACAGGUAUGUGUACUGUUGAAUGAGAAAAUGGGUGUUGUGGAAUGGCUUGUAGAAUUGUAG